GGCAAUCAUGUAGGUCGAUGGAAGGAUCGUCAGUGCGUAUUUAUCGUGGACAGACGAUGGGUUCGUUUACGUUUAAAUAUGCUUGUUAUACUCGAUGAAGAAUUUUCGAAAACGUGCUUUUCGUCAUCAUGAGCAUUCGAGGUCUCUGGAUCCUCUCAAUCAAAAGUGCCCACCCUGAUCAAAGUGAAAGUAGGCGUCUGCUUUUCUCUAGGCACUUUCCACUUGUUGAAAAGAAAGUGAAAUUGCUGGAGAAAGACAACUACAUUGCCAUUCCCACUGUCCCUGACUUUAUCAAUGGAUUGUUGUUCGAGCUUGGCCACAAGGAUGGUAUUGAUAAGUUCAUCACUGCCAGGGACACAUGUGAGAAGUUUGAACAGAAACCUGUUUACGAGGUGAUGACUAGUGGGGGACCAAUAUGGCCGGUUGUUGUAGUCGAACAGAGAGGGAUUGUGUAUUGUUGUCUCCCCUUGGUGACUCAGGGUGCCAGCACAAGACCGCCACUCAUACAGAUUCCUGGUGUCACUCUUGGCUUUUCUCUACUGUGUGGAUUGUCAGAUUAUCUGCGCCAGUAUACAGCGGGCGAUAUUGCACUGAAAAGCAGCCUUCUGAAUGUGUAUCUGAACACUGCUGCUCCCUUUGGAAAACCUGUGGAUGUUAAUUCUGACACAGUGAUGUCUAAAGUGCAAAAUAAACCCAGUCUCUUAUCAAAAGCGCAGAAGCAACCCGCCUGGAAGCCCGUACUACACAGGGGGAAGAACCAAGUCUACCUCACAGUCACUGAGUACAUCCGUGCUAACCAGUACAACAAGGAAGGAACUCCAGAUGUAUGGGAUCUAUAUGGGUCAAUCUCUUGUAAGGCUGAACUGGAGGGUGCGCAGCCUGAUAUUACACUCAGUGUGUCCCAUACUCCAGACGGAAACAAUCUUCCCCUUGACCAUCUCAUCAUACACCCAUGUGUACAGAGUGCUGAUGCCACGGCUAUCAACAUGGGUGAUCCAUCAGACAUGCGAGCCACACCUCGACGGGUUCGAUUUAUACCCCCAACGGAGAUGUUCAUUCUCUGCCAUUACACUGUGUCCAGUUUGAAGGAGGUUCCCAUAAAAGGCUCAUACGAAAUGAGGAUUGAGGGAAAGACCGCCAAACUGAGUGUGAAGUUAAAAAUGAGUGAAAGAGUGAAAAAUACUCUGGAGUAUUGUGAACUACAGAUUCCUUUUUACAACAGAGGAACUAUAGGGACAUAUGAUGCGACGCCAAGUCAGGGAAGUGUGAUGGUCUCCCCUGAUCGUCGGAUACUGGUCUGGAAUGUUGGUCAGAAAUUCCCAAGUAAGUCCUUGAUGGCAGGUCUGAAUGCUACAGUCAAUUUCACAGACAACAAAGCACCAGGGGCUCAUGAAGAUUCCUUCUGUGUGGGACAAAACUCGUACGCUAAACUCUUUUUCAAAGUCCCAGAUUUUACUCAUUCAGGAUGUCAUAUAGACCCUAAGUCAGUACAAGUGUCUCCCAAUGUGAAGUUUAAACUCACCACAGUACAAGAAUAUUUGACUGGCAUGGAGUACAAACUUUGGAACAACCUCGGGGACUCACUGGUUAGCAAUAUACCUCACUCAGUAUUGUCAGAGGUGGAGGUCAAGGAUGACAUCUAAUCAAAGAGAGAUGUAGGUCAACAAAAUAGGUUAAGGUCAGCGCUGAAGUCCAACUUAUCUAGAUGUUGAGACAUAUCUGUACCUGUCACCUCAUUGCAAACAACUUCUAUACCUCAUCUAUAGAGGUCAAAGUUCAGUGAAAGAAUGAAAACCAUGUGGAAAUUUGAAUAUUGUCUAUACAGUAUUCAAUAUGGAUAUUUUCAACUCAUGGUCAAGGUUUGUUGAUGUCAUCUGACCUUACUGUGACGAAGGUUAAUAAUGCUAUCUUGCUGCUAUUGUAGGUAAAAAGAUGUUAGUGUCUUGAUCCCUCAAGUAUUCAAACAACUCCCAUAUUUGUGGAGGUCAAGGUGAUGAUGUCAUGAAACAGACAAGGUGUAUGUUUCUUAAACAUGUCAAGGUUAGUGAUGUUAAUUUCAAGUGCAGGUCUUGGUCAAACAGGUAGACACCUGUUCUUUUGUUCACAGAAAUCAAAAUAUUGUUUGAGAUUUAACAAUAGGCCAUUGAUCACAUGGUGGAUCUAGGUUUUCUGAGGCAUGCACCAUCCUGGUUAAAAAGAGAGUGUUAGAAUUGUCUGACAUCAUGGUAUGUAGAUAUAAAUACUUUACCUCUAGAAAACUUUGUAAAAAUGACUACAACUUUGUAUCCUAGACAUUGUAUGUAGAUAGAUGAGAAUUGUAGAUGUUUGAGAGUUGUUAAAUACUUGUACCAGUGUCACCAACUCAGUCAUAAAAUACAUUGGUCAUAAAAAGGUAUUUUGAAAGUUUUGUCAUGUAAGAAGGCUAUUAUAAUCAAUUUUGUCAUUAUCAUACUGGUACUGUAAGUUUAAACAUUAUAUAAAAUUAUCUGAUCUGGCAAAAUUAAUUUUUAGGUCAUUUUUGAAAACUUCUACUUAGGUUUCACCAUUGGGAUUCAGCUGUAAUUUAUCAUCCUGAGAUAGUCCUGACCAAAUUUUUUAUCUUUAUGGUCAAUCCGAAGUCCAGUAUGGCCCAUUAUUUGCCAUCUGAAAACACAUAUUAAACUUCUUGCAAAGUUUUGCUAGCACCAUACAGCUGAAAAAACUGAAAUGUCAAGGAAAUAAGCAGAUAUAUUGUUGUUAAUUUUUGCCUUGUUAAAAGUUUAAUAUGGCAGCCAUGGUGGCCAUUUUGUAAUAUGAUUGUGUAAUCAUGGUUUCCCUGCACAACUUGUUGGAUUCAGCUCAAUAUUGCCUGAAAUUAUCUUGAGAUGAUCCUGACCACCAUGGCCACCAUAUUGAAAAACAUAUAUGCUGUUGCUUGGAGCUGAAAUGUUGAGAGACUGAAAUUAAUUUUUUUUUGGUUUACUGCUAUGAUAUUCUAACUUUUCUAAACGACUGCUUCUGCUGUUCUAUGAUAUAUUGGUCAUUUUAAUCAGAUGACCAUUAAAGCCCAUGGGCCUCUGGUUUUUUUUUUUUUUUAAAUCUGGUUGACCGAACAAAAUCCAGUGGUUUGUGGCCACUGUUCCUUGGACAAUGGAAUUAUAUAAACUAUUUAAACGUACUUAAGGGACCAAGUAUAAUCUUCAUUGCCAUUUGAUGAUAUCCUGUUAAGCUUACCUUUCAUUAUUCUUCAGUCAAUCAUUAAAGCUGCCAAUCGUCUUCAUUAUUUCUAUGUUUCAGGUUUAUUUUCAUGAUUAUAUGUUAAAUAUUUUGUUAAAUUCUAAAUUCUUUGUUACAGACACUUAAAUAUGCCUAAAAUAUUUUGUCACUGAUACAGUGUUGGGAUUCAAAAUAUUUUUUCGUUGAAAGAUUUUGUUGUCAAUUUUGUUAUCAUUAAGCACGAAAUUAUUUAAAAGUCAGUAAUUAUGAUGAAUGAUGAAAUAGUACUACCCAGGCAAUAUCUUUACGUCUCUUAAUACUCAUAGAUUUGUGCAAUAUUUACUGUGAAGAAGCAGAGUUCAUACAUAGAUUGAGACAUUCGUAUUUGGAAGAUGUACAGCUGCUUAAAGUAACAAUGUCAAAAAUUUGUUGGCCUAAUUGUAAACAUGUGUUCUUACAUAAAUAUUUAUAUAAUUGCACAUUGGUGAACUGAUGUAUAUUUUCAGCAACAUUGUUUCUUGAUGGAGAAGUACUCCCAGAGUUACUGCCCUUUAUUCACUUGACAUGAUGGGUCGAGAGUGCACUGAUUAGGAUUGUGUAAAAUAAAACAAAA